AUGGAUUGGAGGUCGAGGGACGAGAUGGAGUCGGCGGAGGGUUGGCGGCGGGGACUGGUGCUGGUGGCGGAGGAACAACGGCGGCCGUCGGGGGACUGUGUGGCUGGGCGGCGAGUGGGCGUCGUCGAUGCAGAGAAGGGAAGUAAGGACGAAGUCGAUUCAGCAAAUUGGGGAAGGAAGACGAAGUCGAAGCCUCGAAGACAAAUUAGGGUUAGGCAGGCUUCUUUUUGGUGA